CCUUGCUGGAGUUGCAGAUCUAGCGGUUUUCCUUUCAUUUUGGUGCUGCCUUGUUGGUUUAGGGUUGCAUUUUCUCUGGGGUUCUUGUUUGGGCUGUUUAUUUGUUUAGAAUCUUUGGUUGAAGCCGUUGAGUUGUAUCUUCUGUUCCCUUGUUAUGGCGGCUACUGCUACUGCUGUAUCUGUUGGCCCACGAUAUGCACCAGAGGAUCCAACCCUUCCCAAACCAUGGAGAGGUUUAGUUGAUGGAAAAACAGGGUAUCUUUACUUUUGGAAUCCAGAAACUAAUGUCACCCAAUACGAGAGACCUGUAGCUGCUGCUCCUCUUAAUUCAUCAAUAGUGUCCAUAAGUUCUUCAGUUCAAGUUCAAAAGCCAUCUUCAGGCCACUCUUAUGGCAACAAUUUGAGUGAAAAUAACGAUAAGUAUGGAAGAGUUUCCCAUGGGGCACCCAAACAUGAGGUUGCAAGGGGUGAAACCUUUCAGUCACAUGAUACCUUAAAUGGAAUAUCUAGUACUGGACAUGGAGGAGCAUCGUUGAAAGGACAUAGACCGUCAGAUGCUGGAAGUUGUUUAUCUGCAGAGUCUUAUCGACAGCGACAUGAAAUAACUUUUUCGGGAGAUAAUGUGCCGCCACCAUUUUCAUCAUUUGAAGCCACUGGUUUCCCACCUGAGAUUCUUAGGGAGGUACAUAAUGCAGGGUUCUCUGCUCCAACUCCAAUUCAGGCGCAAUCAUGGCCAAUUGCUCUUCAAAGUAGAGAUAUUGUAGCUAUUGCUAAAACAGGCUCAGGCAAAACUCUUGGGUACUUAAUACCUGGUUUUAUUCAUCUCAAGCGCAUUCGAUGUGAUCCUAAGCUAGGCCCUACUGUUUUGGUGCUGUCACCGACAAGGGAAUUGGCGACACAGAUUCAAGAUGAAGCCGUGAAGUUUGGGAAAUCGUCAAGAAUCUCUUGUGCGUGUCUAUAUGGAGGAGCACCAAAGGGUCCACAAUUGAGGGAUAUAGACCGUGGAGUAGAUAUUGUAGUUGCAACUCCUGGUCGUUUGAAUGAUAUUCUCGAGAUGAGGAGAAUCAGUCUACAUCAGGUUUCAUAUCUUGUACUAGAUGAGGCUGAUCGGAUGCUGGACAUGGGUUUUGAACCCCAGAUUAGAAAGAUUGUAAAAGAGGUGCCUGCUCGACGGCAGACCUUAAUGUACACAGCUACUUGGCCCAAAGAAGUUCGCAAAAUUGCAUCAGAUCUGCUUGUUAAUCCUAUUCAAGUCAAUAUUGGCAAUGUUGAUGAGCUUGUCGCGAACAAGUCCAUCACUCAGCAUAUUGAAGCCUUAGCACCACUGGAGAAGCAUAGACGAUUGGAGCAGAUAUUGAGAUCUCAAGAACCAGGAUCAAAAGUCAUAAUUUUCUGUUCUACAAAGAAAAUGUGUGAUCAGCUUGCUCGCAAUCUUACACGCCAAUUUGGAGCUGCUGCAAUUCAUGGAGACAAAUCCCAGGGUGAGAGAGAUCAUGUUCUUGGCCAAUUUCGCACCGGUAGGACUCCUGUGCUUGUAGCUACUGAUGUUGCAGCUCGAGGAUUGGAUAUUAAAGACAUCAGGGUUGUUAUCAACUAUGAUUUCCCAUCCGGAGUGGAGGAUUAUGUCCAUAGGAUUGGUCGAACUGGAAGAGCAGGAGCUACUGGUAUUGCUUACACAUUCUUUGGUGAGCAGGACGCCAAGUAUGCUUCUGAUCUAAUAAAAAUUUUGGAGGGAGCUAACCAGCGAGUCCCACCAGAACUUCGUGAUAUGGCUUCUCGAAGCUAUGGAAUGGCCAAGUUCAGGCGUUGGGGUUCUGGCUCUGAUGGUCGCGACGGGGGUCGGGGUGGGCGCAAUGAUUCAAAUUCUGGUGGUAGGGGUGGACUGGGAAUGUCUUCCUUUUCUUCUGCCAAGCCAGAACGAGGUGGUGGCCGUGGAUAUGACUUUGACUCACGAGAGAGGUAUGAUUCUGGAUACAACUGCGGUCGCAGUCGGAGUCCCCCAAGGGGUGUGGGAGGUGACCGAACUAAAAGUUGGAACUGCGAUCACAGCCCACCCGUUUCACAUGAACGCUCUCCAGUACGGAGUUUUCAUCAAGCAAUGAUGGAGCGUAGCAACAUUCCUCCACGGGGAAAUGAAAAUGCUAGUAAGAAUGGUUCAGGAAGCUGGAACCAAGGCCGAAGUCGUAGCCGUAGUAGAAGCCGAAGUCCAAACCGUUUUAACCGGGCUCCUGCAGUACGAGAACGUUCUCCAGUUUUGAGUUUUCACAAAGCAAUGUUGGAGAAGGGAAACUCUGGAGGCACACAUGUGAACCCAGAUAAGGUUUCGAGAAAAUCACCCAGCGAUAGGACGGACGGUGGAGAACAUGAAAAGAGAUCUCGCCCCUCGCAUCCUCAAGAAGAGGUCGAGGAAGGCAUGAUCCCACAAGAUGACCAAAGUAAGGGAGCAGCAGACAGAUAAAUAUGACCCACAAGGCCACUUCUUGAAGGGGAAAAGGUCGGGCCAAUGGAGGUUAGUUAGUUAGUUUAUAUAGGCCUUUUGGUGCGUAAUAUGGUUAUUGUGGAAACUAUAAAGAGACCCAAAUAUUUUAUGGCGUUUAAAGUUUUUGGUGGAAAAGAAAGAGGGGGUGUGUGGUGUUUUACAGGGGGUGGUGUGCCUGAAUCCUCUAAAUAUUUGAUGAAACAGGCCUCAUUUUUUGGGGGAAUGUGUUUUUGAAUUUUGCACACAACAACAUGCUUCAGCUCUAUGAAGUUGUAAUAGAGAAUGACUUGAAUUGUAAAUGUAGUGAUGUCUGUCUGGCUGUCUGUCUGAAUGAGAUGUACAUGUUAUUAGGCGCUAGAAUCAGUGCUCUCUUCAAACGUUUUGGUGUCUUUAUUGUUCUUAGAUUCAACUUUGAGAAUCAAGUUUGUUUUAACUUUUUAGUCUCUAAA